AUGUAUCUUGAAGAGGCGACCCAUGCGCAGAUCGCGCAGGACGCAUUCCUGGGCUUCGCGUUCACCUCCCUCAGCGAUGCCGGGCCUGUCAAGCUGGACUUUCACUCCGUGAACAAGCAUCGCGUAUUAAUGUCCAAGGUACAUAGCCUCGUGCGGUCCUUCCGCAGCGCGGGUGUCAAGAACUGGCGCAACCCCGUGCCGAUGAUUAUACCUGCCGGGUACGUCAAUCUCAACACCAUCACGAGGGCGCACAUCGAGUCUGCACAGGGGCCAACGCUAGAGUGGCUCCCGGCCGCGCACGGUCAGACGGUCGAGAGACGAUCCCGGAGCGUAUGA